AUGUAUCCUGGCAUUACAAAUCUAGUGCAAUUUUCCUCGUCUCUCUUAAGUAAUGAUGAGGUCAGCCAAGAAAGACCUUGGGUGCCAGGGGACAUACACAAAAUCAUGCACCUUUCUGCUGAACUUGAAGCAGCACCAUUACCACAUGCGGAAAUCACUCGCGACCUUUCAUCUAGUACCUCUUACCCAUCACCUCAUCACAUCCCGAGAUCAACCUCAAGCGAAAAAGGGGGUAGUCCAGUGGUCCAGUGGUGUCUCUCUCAUCGAAUGACAGAAGCGAGGCUCCUUCUAUUCUUCAAUCGUGUCAGCAAAGGUAGAAGAGCGAAGAUUGAAGCAUCGUCAAAUAUGGCUUUCGAGCUCGUACCAAAUGCUCCAAACGGUGAAAUCUCACAACUCAUCCAGUUUUUCCAUUUCAUCGUCCCAUUCAUCCUCUAA